CAGUAAUAAGUAAGUUUAAUACGGAAAUGCUCGUUACUGAUCAGCAUUCAUGGCCAACGGUGAUCAACAGUUGGCUGUUAAGCAACCGCAAGGGUCCAGGAGAUCACUCAGACACCACGUGAGGUGAUGACGUAGGUUACAUGGCCGCUGCAGGAGCUCGAAGGAGUUCACCCUUUAGAGCCAGUCUUGCGCGUGCUCUCUCCCUCUCCUGAGCUUCACAAACAGUUCAGGUCUCGCCUGUGUGUGUGUGUGUGUGUGUGUGCGCGCCUUAAAGCAGAGCUCUCCGUGUGACUGUGCCUCCGGUCGCUUUCAGCCAGAAUGGAGUGUCGCGUUCUGUCCGUGCAGAGUCACGUGGUACGCGGUUACGUGGGGAAUAAGUCUGCUUGCUUCCCGUUACAGGUGCUCGGGUUUGAAGUGGACUCCAUCAACUCCGUCCAGUUCUCCAAUCACACAGGUUAUGACCAUUGGAAGGGUCAGGUCCUGAAUGCAGAUGAACUGCAGGUGCUUUAUGAAGGACUCAGACUCAACCAGCUCAUGCAGUAUGACUAUAUACUCACAGGCUACAGCAGGGACGAGUCUUUCCUCCAGAGGGUUGUAGACAUUAUCCAGGAACUGAAAAACAACAACCCCAACCUGGUGUACGUGUGUGAUCCAGUUAUGGGAGAUCAUGGCUCAAUGUAUGUUCCAGAGGUGUUGUUGCCGGUCUAUAAGGAGAAGGUGAUCCCCAUCGCGGACAUCCUUACACCUAACCAGUUUGAAGCAGAGUUGCUGACGGGCAGGAAAAUCACUUCAGAACAGGAUGCUCUGGAGGUGAUGUCAGAGCUCCAUGAUGCUGGUCCUCAUACCGUGGUCAUCACCUCAUCUGACCUGCCGUCGCCACGGGGACCAGCGUACCUGGUGGCGCUGGGAAGUCAGAGAACUGUGUGUGAAGAUGGCUCCUUGAGAACACAGAGUGUGAGGAUGGAUGUUCCCUGUGAGGACGCUGUGUUUGUGGGGACCGGAGAUCUCUUUGCUGCUCUGCUGCUAGCCUGGACACACAAACACCCCAGGGACCUGAAGACGGCGUGUGAGAAGACUGUGUCAACCAUUCAUCAUGUCAUCAAGAGGACCAUGGCCUAUGCCCACACGGUUGCCGUGGGGAGGCGUCCGUCGGCAGCAGAGCUGGAGCUCAGGAUGAUCCAGAGUAAAGCAGACAUCGAGGAUCCUGCCAUCGCUGUGGAGGCCCAGCUGCUGGGGACCCCAGGCCUCACCCCCACCAGAGGGGUUUAAACCUCACCCUCACACACACACACACACACACACACACACACACACACACCAGAGAGGUCUAACCGUAACCCGACUGAGACCAUGAAGUUGGAGUUUGUUCCAAUCCGUCCGAGAUCCUCCUCUGUCCUACAUCCGACUAGACAGCGGCCAGUCCAUCAUUCCAUCCAUCCAUCCU